AUGGGUCAGACUCUGUCCGAACCCGUGGUCGAAAAGAUCUCCGAUAGCGGGGCCGAUGAUUGUGUGAUAUAUGGCCUUUCAGCUAUGCAAGGGUGGCGUAUAAGUAUGGAAGACGCGCAUGCCGCAAUACUUGAUCUACAAACUGAAGUCGAUGGCAAAACACACAAACCCAAUGGACCAGACCAGCGAUUAUCAUACUUUGGUGUCUAUGAUGGACAUGGAGGUGAAAAAGUCGCGCAGUUCGCAGGGGAAAACGUGCACAAGAUUGUGACAAAACAAGACGCCUUCUCUAAAGGUGAUAUCGAACAAGCUUUGAAAGAUGGAUUCCUCGCCACAGAUCGUGCGAUUCUGAACGAUUCACGGUACGAAGACGAAGUAUCUGGAUGUACCGCAUCUGUUGGCAUAAUUUCAAGGGAUAAGAUCUGGGUGGGCAACGCCGGAGACUCUCGAAGCGUACUUGGUGUCAAGGGCAGAGCGAAGCCUCUAUCAUUUGACCAUAAACCACAGAACGAAGGUGAGAAGGCACGUAUAAGUGCUGCUGGUGGUUUCGUCGACUUCGGACGAGUCAAUGGCAACCUGGCUUUGUCACGUGCCAUUGGCGAUUUCGAAUUCAAGAAGAGCGCCGACCUCUCGCCCGAGCAACAGAUCGUGACGGCCUUUCCCGAUGUGAUCACACAUGAGGUCUCGAGUGAUGACGAGUUCUUGGUCAUCGCUUGUGACGGUAUCUGGGACUGCCAGUCUUCGCAAGCGGUCGUCGAGUUCGUCCGUAGGGGUAUAGCCGCGAAACAAGAACUCCAUCUCAUCUGCGAGAACAUGAUGGACAACUGCCUUGCAUCCAACAGCGAAACGGGUGGCGUUGGCUGUGACAAUAUGACGAUGAUAAUCAUUGGUCUGUUGAACGGUAAAUCCAAAGAGGAAUGGUACGACAUGAUUGCCAAACGUGUCGCAGACGGAGAUGGGCCAUCAGCUGAAUUCCGCGGUCCUGGUGUUCGGCAUCAGUUCGACCACGAUAGUCCCGAUGAGUAUGAACUGGAUAUGGAGCAUCGAUCAAGAGGGUUUGGCGGCCGUGGUGGCAGGAUUAUCCUGCUUGGUGAUGGGACUGAGGUUCUAACAGAUUCAGAUGACACUGAAAUGUUCGAUCAAAGCGAAGAAGAAAAGGAUUCGGCGAAUCAAGUCAAGAAAUCAACUCCGGCGACCUCGGACGACGGUUCGGCACGCAACGAGCGGGAAGGCACGCCGGCACCGCAAUCAGCCAGCGAUAAGUCAAAAGGCGCUUCACAAGGAUCGGAAAUGGAGAUCAAGGGAGUGGUGGACGAACCUGCUGGUAAAUCUACUUAG